CAUUGUGAUUGACGAUAGGCUAUGAAAUGAUAGCAUACCACAGAAUCAAAAUCACGACAUAAAUACACGAGGAAAUCAACACGACACAAAUUGUAAGGUCAUUAAAUGUUAGCACGAUGAAAACGAAAUAGUGAUGCAUAACCAACGAAGAUGUAGAGUGUCGUUUGGUUAAUUGAAUAAAUCAUAAACACACAAUGAUGUUCGUGAAAAUUUUGAAAACAUGAACUCAACCUUAUUUAAAGGACUCGUCACAUGGAAAGAUAUUUACGAGGCAUCAUAAAAUCGUGAUACACCGAGAUACAAGGUAACAGUUUAAACGUAUUUUUUGUUAUCACAAUCAUUCAAAAAGAGCAUCUUGCGUCCUAAACGACAACGCGUUACUGCUGACUGUGCGACACAAUCAAAACCAACCAAAACACAAUCAGUGGCUUUACUUAAAACCGGAUAGCAGAUGAUUGGCUGGAAUCGUUUUUUCCAAAACUGACGUCAUCAGUUGAUCAUAUAAUCACAUGGAGAUUACCUGAAAGGAUCAUAUAUCAUGACACGAAUCGGUUAUUUAAACCUGAUCUUAAGAGAGGCUCAAAACAUCGCUUAAUAAGCCGACGUCCAAAAGAGUUACAGUAAAUAUACAGAUUGGAAACAUGACAGAUUUGACACAAUAUUUAAAACGCACCUUUAAUAUAAUCAUUUACAUGGUGACCCUGCAUUCAAUGGUGCGUAGUGAUAUUCAACCGUACCCAGACGAUGUAGAGAUAUCCUCCAACUCCGCCUUUGGAGAAGUAAAGGUAGAGAAGGUUUCCCGGACAAGACAUAAAAGAGGGGCGGGUGAUAUUAGGAGCACUCUGGUAUUUGACCAGAAAGCGACAAUUAUUCUUGCCCACAAUCAAGCCCGCUCUUCUGUUUCACCAAAAGCUGCUGAUAUGCUAUUUAUGACAUGGGAUGAUGACUUAGCAAGUAUGGCCCAGGAGUGGGCGGAGAAAUGUACAUGGGAACAUGGAAAUCCUGAGCGGAAUCCCAAACCAUAUUCUUCUAUAGGGCAGAAUCUUUGGGCGGGCACAGGAUCACCAAGUGUGAAUGGGGCCGUGAACUCAUGGGAUAACGAGAGACGUUACUACACGUUCGACACCCGUGCUUGCCAGUCUGGUAAAGUGUGCGGACAUUACACACAGGUAGCAUGGGCGGAUUCUCAUAAAGUUGGGUGUGGUGCGGCACGUUGUACCAAGAACAGUCCAUUCUCAGCAUCAACGUGGAAUUAUGUUGUUUGCAACUAUGGCCCUGCGGGCAACUAUGUAGGGCGCCAUCCAUAUACUAAAUCCAGUACUUCAUGUUCAGCAUGUCCCUCCGACAAGCCUGUGUGCGAGAAUAAUUUAUGUAAACCAAGUGGAGUAUGCGGAGGACAAACUUGUUUUAACAAUGGGAAAUAUGUAACGAGUGUCUGUAUGUGCAACUGUACAACUGGUUGGACAGGAGUCACGUGUCAACAAUCCUUAUCCAAUCAUAUUACCGCAUCGUUGCUUAUCCCAAUAGUAACAUUUGUGCUGACAGUUCAUGGAUUUGGACGAAUGUGAUUCAAAUUCUACAAACUUGAUAACACCAUGGAGUUCAAAUGACGUGAUAACACGCAUGUCAAUUUUAUUUCGCGUGUAGUAUUCAACUUACUGAACAUUCCAAAAACAUUUAAUGUGGUUUAGAUGAAUUCUGUAUGUAUAUAAUUCAUGAUAUAAUUUUUAUAGAGUUUAUAAAAUUGAAUGAAGCCAGCGGACUGAUGUAAAUAGCUUUACUGUACUUAUAUUAUUAUAAAAUGUUAUAAUAUAUCAUGAUCAGUUUGUCGGGUUGGCUUGCUAAGUCAUUUGUUUUUGCAUUUCUUCCAGCCAGGGAGAGAAUGUAGGUCAUGAUACAGAGUGCAAUAAACAAUUCAUAACAAUGUAUUCUUAGUUCCUUUUUGGUCAGUUUCAUAAUUGAUUUUAUUUGAUUGAUUGCAACAUAGAAUUCGAAUACAAUAUGUACUUGAGGUAGUCUACCCUCCACUCCAUAAGUGUGGCAGCCCUUACUCUCUAACUUCGUGUUCAAUUCUGUUCAUGUUUGAAUUUUCAUUCAAAAAUCCUGUAAUAAUAAACAUUUCGAGUUGGAAAUAAUGAUUUAAUUAUAAUUGGUCGAAAAAUAAAGAUUUAAAUUUUACACUUAAAAGUCUUAUAAAUUGAAGAUUCGGAUCUAUUCUAUUCUUUCGAUUUAUAUUUUUUUCAAGUUACGAAAAUCAUCUUGGAUAUUAUCCAAGGUCUUAAAAUCAUAUUGUUAUGCGAGUAUGUACGAAAGUUGGAAUUAAUGGAUAUUCUGUUCCUGCAAUUGAUUUCGGGAAAGCCACAAAUUCUCACUUGAGAUAAUUUAUUUACAUUGGACUUGGGUAUAUUCCUCAGUGCCAAUGGGAAAGUUAGGGUUGCCAAACUUUUGGAAGUGAACGUGGGCACUUGUAGAUAUUUCAUCUUUCUAACGUUGGCCGAGUCCCGAUGGUGGUACUGUUAAGUGUAUGUUUUCAUAUUGAGGUAUAUGCCUAGUCGUCCCAUCGUAUAGCCAAUAUAGCAUUCAAUAAUGUUUCAGUAGUUUAACAUUAAAUAUAAGUUUAUAGUUUCAAAAUCAACAACGUAACUGAAUAAAAUAUAGUUCACGAAGGUUGAUUUUCGGUAAAUGAGGUCGUUGGACCCCCGGGGUUGGAACCUACUGAAGCGGUUCGGCUAGUUCUUCACACAUGGGAAUAGGA